AUGGCCAGACAGGACACCCCCCUCUUCCUCCACGGCUUUGACCUUUGUGGUCACUUUGUUGACCUUCGACCUCUUGGCGCGGGUGUUACGGGCCUUGUUCUCUCAGCUGUGGACCAGCGGACCGGACAGCGCGUGGCAAUCAAAAAGCUGGUGAUGCGCGACGCUGUGACGGUGAAGCACGCCAUGCGCGAGGUCAGAAUCACCCGGCGGCUGCACCACGAAAAUGUGGUGAGGGUCCAUGAGGUUUUGGCGCCUUAUGGACGACCACUGCCCAAAGACCCGACCCAGCUGAGUGCUCUGUACAUCUUCCAGGAAUGCAUGGAGACGGACCUGGCUCGGCUACUGGAACAGGGGCCGCUAACCACAGGUCACGCUACUCUGCUGUUCUACCAGCUGCUGAGGGGACUGAAGUUCAUCCACUCAGCCAACGUCUUGCACCGAGAUCUAAAGCCUGCCAACAUAUUCAUCAACACAGAUCAACUGCUGCUCAAGAUUGGAGACUUCGGGCUGGCCAGGAUCGUCGACCCUCAUUAUUCUCAUAAGGGCUACCUGUCCGAGGGUCUGGUAACUAAGUGGUAUUGCUCCCCCCGUCUGCUCCUGUCCCCCAACAACUACACCAAGGCCAUUGACAUGUGGGCCGCUGGCUGCAUCCUGGCUGAGAUGCUCACCGGACACAUGCUGUUUGCAGGAGCUCACGAGCUGGAGCAGAUGCAGAUGAUUCUCGAUACAGUGCCGGUGUUGAGAGAAGAGGACAGGCAGGACCUGCUACAGGUGAUGCCUUCAUAUGUCAGUCAUGGAUGGAAAGUCAAGAAAGCCUUUUCUGAAUUGCUUCCUGAAGUGGAUGCUCAGGGUGAGCAGAGGGAAUUGAGUAGUGCUGUGGACUUCCUUGAGCGUAUCUUGACCUUUAACCCCAUGGAUCGGCUGACAGCUAAAGCGGCGCUAUCCCACACGUUCCUCCAGCAGUACUCGUGUCCGGAGGACGAACCCACCUCAUCGCAUCCCUUCCGCAUCGAGGACGAACUGGAGGACAGCCUCGUCACCGAGCAGAGCCUCAGCAACAGCAACAGCCAGGCCUCCAUCAUCCAUUGGGAGAGGUACGAGAGCAGCUUAUCAACAGAUGUGUCCUGGCAGCAGUCAGGCGGGAGGUGCCACUGCAUGCCGCCUGGCCACAUGACUUCUGACCUGGGAGACACCACAGAGGAGGAGGAGGUGCAGAGAGACCCCCGGGCCAGUUCCACCUCACUGUUAGAGGAGGCACAGGUCGACCCACGUAAGUAUUCCCACAGCAGCUCAGCUGAACGCUUCAUGGAAAACUCUCACUCCUCUCUGGAACGGGCCUGUGGUUUGCCGUACGGGGAACUGGACUGCGGCCGCUCCUGUGACUACAAAGUGGGCUCUCCUUCGUACCUGGACAAAAUUGCCUGGAGGGAGGGCAAGCCUCAACACUACUCCGAGCCUAAGCUGAUCCUGGAUCUGUCUCAUUGGAAGCGUAACACUGGCAGCCUCCCUGUGCCUGCUGAGCCUAUCGGCAGCAGCGUGGAGGGCAUAGAAGCGUUGAACAAGGAGGAAAUAGAAGAGGAGGGAGAGGAGGCCACAGGGGAUUUAUUCCAGGAGAUCUCUCGCUGGGUUGAGAGCACUCAGUCUCGCCUGCACUCACCCAGCCCCAGUCCUUCUUUAGAGCCGCCUUCCUGCUUCACCUCCUCUCCCCCUCUCCCUCUCUCCCCAACUGACCUCCCAACUCCAGUCUUCCACUUCACGAAAGUUGUGCGGCAACCGUCAGAUGAAUAUGAUGAAGACCAACUGAGCCCACUUCAGCCUGUCGUGUCUUCCUGUAAUUCCCUUCCCUCCCUUCUCCCCUCAUCUCCCACCUCUCCGCUUCCUCCUCCGUCACCAACAAUGUCUCCCCCCAACUCGCCACUUGUUCCUUCCCCAGAGUCUCAACCCCUUUCCUCAACUUCCUCCAUUCCUCUGCCAGUAAACGACGACUCCUUGGAGUCACUUCCUGUCAAGCAAAAAGAGCGGCUGUUUGACCUGGACGUGUUCAUAUCCCGAGCGCUGAAACUUUGCAGGCAGAAUAAUGGGAAAGCAGAGGGGAAGAAAGGAAAGGAGGGAGGAUGGAGGGAAGAAAGCAAACAGACGAAUAUUAAUCGCAUUGUGGCCAUGCUUCCAGAGCACAGGACUCCAGCACCACAGACUCCCAACUCUUGAUGUUCAACAUGUGGUCCACCACAGUAUGGUGUUCAUAAUGGUCAGCACUUUAUGUGCUCAUAGUGCUUCAGGGGUUGUCAUGGUUGAAUAUGCUGCUUCAACAUUAGACCGUAGAGUGAGCAGUCUGUAUUUCACUAAGCUGUGACUAAACCAACAAUCCAGUAGCUUUGCAAUACGAGGUCAGAAAGCAUUUGGAUUUAAAAUAAUUAACCAUGCUUAGCAUUGCAAAUAUCUGGGAUUUGUCCAAUGUGAGCAUAUUUAGAAAUACCUUUCUAAUUAAUGAUUGUGGUAUGAAGGGUUUGAGGUCAUUUGGCACGUUAAGAUGGGUCAGACUGGGACUCGAAAGCUACUGAUUCUGUGACACAAACAUCUAACUAUAACAAUAUAUAAUAAUAUAUAAAGGCUAUUUUAGACCGGAUAAUACUUGUUUUAAGUUUGCAUUAGAUUUGUGUUUCAAAAGAUCCCUCGCUGUCAGUGAGUACAUCUUUCAAAAUGUCAGACAGUCUUCCAAUGGUGCUAUUCACCGAAUAGUGAUGCUUUUUCCAAAUUUCUCUGGACGUGUAAACCGAAAACAAUCAAUACAAUUAUGCUAGUGAACCAUGAGGAUUUUAUAAGUUGCUAUUUUACCAGUCCCGCAGUGACUUAAUGAGCUUUAUCACUGCUACAUGCCUUGUAAACUUGUAGAAAACUGUUGUCAUAUUUAAUUAUAUAGUAUAAUUCCCAAAUGCAUAAUGGUAUUUUGUUUAAUUAUUCUUUGCUGAAUGUUAAGAUACAAUUUCUGUUUAUUUUGAGUGAGUUGUAUUUUGUGUAAAUGUGGAAUGCUCUCUCGAUAAUAGUUUAUGCUCUUGUUUACUUAAAAUAGUUUCAUAUCCUGUCUGAUACACCAAGGUCAUCAUCCCCUUUACACUUAGUGAAAAGAUACCAUCCUCUCUGUAGCAGACAGUCUGAUGUCUGUCACUAUUUAGCUCACUUAAUUGUGAGCCACAGAAAGCUAUAACGCUAACAACAGUAGCCUCUAAAUAGUUGCUUCACAAACUUUAUAGGAAAUUAUUUGUACUCAAAACUCCUCAAUGCUGCCUGGUUGCCAUAUACUAAUAUAUGGUAAAGGAAAUAACCAAAACAUAUAUUUUUAAAUACUUUUCUAUUUAGCGCGGAAGACAGCAGACCCUCCGAAUGGUAUUUAUUCUGACAUGCAAUGUCUCCCCUUCAAGGUAAAAGAAUCGGGUAGAAGAUACAGUCCGAGACAUGAGCAUGUGUAGGCUGUAGGCUUGUGCAUCGGGCUUUCUCAGUCAAGCGCAUCUGACAUUCACUUGACUCCUCAAAUUAAAAAGAUGAUAGUAACGAUAUGGAAAUGGCAUUAAAAUGAUUCAGAUUGAUUUAUUGCUGCUCUAGUGCCUAAAAUAAAUACAGUUACGUAUAUGCAGGUGUCCCAUAUUCUGUAACCUUGAUGAAAAAAGCUUCCACCACCCCUGGUUUCACUGUUGGCUGCACGAAAAUGGUCCCGCUGUUGGGAAUGCCACAGGCACAAUACUGAUAUGCAUAUAACAGACACAGCUACAACACCUCAGAAUAAGACAUGUUUUAUCUGUUUCGUGAUUUCAGUCCAAAAUCUAACACCUCUUUUGACUGACUCCCAGUCAUCUAGCAACAAGCCUUUCAAAUCCUCUUGCCUCUGUUCAUUUUAUCCUCAAUCCACAUCAUUCAAUCUCCACACAGAACACGAGGUCAGCGGUUCUGAGAGCUGACAGCUUGAGUUGAACAAAUGUAUCUCUUUCUCUGUCACAACAAGCUGUUAACUAUUAUUGUUCAUGCAAAGUUGCUCAAAAACGGUUGACGCCCACAAUAAUAGCGCCAUCUCUGGAGAGAACAUAUACGGGUUGUGAGCAGAUCAUCACAACAACUAGUAUAAGCCAUACUAAAUUGUGAUAACAGCAACCUACGAUAUAGCAAAGCCAAGUAUGUUCUUUUAUAUCCACAAUAAACAUGAAGCACAUUAGAGUUACUAGCACAUUCAGAAAUACAUUUUUUCCUCAGUGACAACUGAAACUUCAAUGUUGUCAAUGCAGAUUUUUAUUAAUAAUGUACUUCUAAGGUACUAAUCAUACUUAGUUGGACUGCUAAUCUAACUGAUACAUGUAUAUAUUUAUAUAAAUGGAUAGAAGCUGUGCUGCAGUCAAACUAAUAAAAGGAGCCUAGACCUGUACAUGUUUAAUUAUCACUUUUUGCAUUAUACAGUUUCCUCUCCAGGUAAUAUAAGCCAGCAAUAACAUUAUUGACAAAAAACACAAUCAAACUGUAACACAUGUGGUUACUGAGCCUAAGUUCAUUUUGUUAAGUGUUUGAAGAUAUGUAGAACAUGUGCCUCCGUUCACAUGCUUCCAGCUUGCUGAAUGUAACAUAGCCUCUCCCUCUGCAUGGCUUUCACAAAGAUUCAAAUAGCUUGAACUUUGUUGUUUUUGUAACGUGUCACCUUUUAGGAUUCAUAUUUCUGUGGGCUCUUGUCUAUGUUUUACCCCAGAAACCCCUCUGCUUUUUACUUAAGAAAAGCUUUGAGGAUUUUAGAUGCUCAAUAUUCAUAUAUAAUAUCUCUUUUUGCAGUUUUUGUUUUUGCUGAAGAAUUAUUAAAACAUGACUCAAACAAU